AAUCAUCAUCUUUCGUUUCCAAAAGAAUUUACUCCCUCUCUCAUUCCUCUCUUCCUGCUUUCCCUCCCUCCCUCUUGCACUGCCUGUAAAUGAUAUGGGAACAUCCUUGAGUUAGGAGGCACGUUCAUACAUAGAUGACUGUCUACUGAUGCAUCAGCUGAGAGUUUAUUGCAAAUCUCAAGUGGAACUACAAGUAGGAUCAGAAAUAACCACCGACCACAGAGGUGGAUGCACUGAAGCCUCCGGAUAAAGGAAAACCAGAGAGGAAGGACACAACAACAUGCAGACAAAGCAAAACAAAAGGAUGGUCUUUCCAUUACAGACACACAAAUCUCUUUUUCUCAUCCUACUAUUCAAUAUCCCACUUCCCAGCACAUGUCAGACCACACUGAAUGCUGGCACCCUCAACCAAACCAUCCAUCCCAGUGCUGCCACUAGCUCUAAUGCUAUCCCCAAUGCCAACACUAACAAUCCCACUGUAAAAUCCACUAUCAAUCGAGACACCACUUCCUUUCUCCAGCGCAACUCUUCCUCAAACUUCACUUCCCAGGAUGCAAUCCUGGGGUGUGGGGCGGAUCUGGACCCUGUGUACUCCUACCUGUGUGACCGUCAAGCGGCGUGGGGUAUCGUAGUGGAGAGCCUGGCCUCACUGGGUUUUGUGGUCAGUUCAGGGCUGCUCAUGGGGCUGCUGUUCUGGACCCUGUGGAUGUGUGUGUCGUCCCACCAGCGCAGGGGCAUCGGGGGGAGCGUAGCCUCCAUGGCUCUGUUCCUGCUCAGCACGGCGGGGGUCUUCGCCCUGACCUUUGCCUUCGUCAUCCGCCUCACCACCCAGACAUGCCCCACGCGCCUCUUCCUGUUUGGGGUGCUGUUCUCCCUGGCUUUCUCCUGCCUGCUGGCUCGCUGCCUGGCCCUGCUGGGCUUCUCUGUGGCCCGAGGCUGGGGGGAGGCUGGGGUGGCCCUGGCCCUCUUCACCCUCCAGGUGGUCAUCGCUACAGAGUGGCUGAUAAUCGUGCUGCUGCGGGACGGCCGACCCUGCCAGUACUUCCAGGGGGAGUAUGUCAUGUUGCUCAUCUACGUGCUGGUUCUGCUGGCCGCCGGCCUGGUCCUCUCCCUGUGGUGCCUCUGCCGCUCCUGUCUCACCUACAGCUACAGCUACAGCGGAGGCAGCCGCCGACAGAGCCAGGUCCAGGCCACGCUGCUCUGCCUCACCCUGCUGCUGUCUGCUGCCAUCUGGGUGGUGUGGAUCGCCCUGCUGACCCGGGGUAACAUGGAGAUGGGCCGGCGGCCGCAGUGGGAUGACCCGGUGCUGAGUAUAGCCCUGGUGGCCAACGGCUGGGUCCUACUGCUGGGUCACGGACUAGCCCAAGUGGUUCUACUCUGCAGGUGGGAGGCCAGCUCAAAGGAAGGCCCCCUAGACUUUGGCGGAUGGACCAGUCCCAACGCCAACCUGCCAGGGCUGGGGAGCCUGAAAGAAGGGAGGGAGAACAGAAGCUUUGAGAACAACGGCAGAAAACAAGACCCCGUUUUCCAAUCACCAUAUGAGUCUGGAUUCUCAAUGACAGAAAUCGAUCCUGACAAAGAUUACUCCAUCCCUCGUCCUCAGACCACCAACAUCAGCGAGCCCUAUGAUGUAUACUAUGGACACAGCCUGUCUGAUUAAGAUCACAUUGCUUUUCAUGUACACAUACCCACACACAAAGACAAAGACAGAAAAAAACUAAAACAUUACACAUAUUAGCAGAUGCUAUUGCGGGUGUAUGUGACUAAUACAAUUUGAUUUAUACACGCACUCUCACAUGGCCCAGAAAUGUUUUGGAAGUUCAGCUACAAAUGUAUAUUUCUUGAAUAGAACCUGCAUUGCAACAUGAUUCCCAUAAUUACGUGACUAAGGCCCCAAUCGAUUAAUUUAAUGUUUCUUUACUCAGGCUGAAUCCAGAUAGAAUGAGUUUACUGAAUCUGACCUAAUGUGACAAGAGUCUUUUUGCAACAUGCUGCUUGAAAACACCACAGUGUCUAAUAGUCUCAGGCAGGAGGCGUGAAUCUGUCUGUAUCAGGGUGCCAAACUGCAGGGAUGGGCAGGGGCAGCGCCAGGCAUGUGUGAAGGAGAGGAGAGAAAGGACCUGGCAGCGAUAAAAUAGACCCUUGUCAUCAUGUCUUAACAUCUUACGUAAAGGUGGAUGCCAUUUUUUGUUUUUAUAUCCCACUUUAGAAAUACAUGUUUAAAUCAAUGUUAUGCUAUGCAUAUUGUGCAGUUGAAAAAGUGUUAUUAAAAUGGAAUGUUAAAAGGUAUAUUUGUUAGUCAUAUCUAACAGUAGAGGGCUGAUUCAUUCUCACAAAAAGAAGCACAAGCUAGACUGAGUGGUACUACUGUUUUACCCACUAGGUGACACUGUACAAGAUGUGAAUUAUUGUUGGUGGGAUUCAAUUUACCUCAAUGUUCAUACCAUUAUUGAGCCACCAAAUGUAAACAAAUGCAUUCCAUCAUGUCGUUUCCCCAUGCAAAUAGCAGUUUACUGAUAUUAAUGAUAGAUCUGUAGCGCUCUAGGAAUAACAUGAGAGCAAUAGAACUUUCAACUCUGCCUGCCUAUAGCCAUCAUGGUCAUCUCAUCGUGGGUGAGUCAGUCGGGUCAAUACCUCAAUAAUUCAGUGGAUCCAUGUGCUUUAUUGUUUCACUGAUCAAACAGCCCUCAAUGUAAUCCUUUCAAUUAGUCCUACUUCAAUAAUCUGGAAGUGCAUGUCAUCAAAUUGGCAAUUAGCCUCUUGUGCAUUAGAGCAAUUAACAGGGAUAUGAGAUUUCCUCCAAACUCAACCCAGACAUUCACAUUGACUUUAGAUGCAAUGCGAGAUUGGUUAAGAGAAAAUGAGCUACUUUAGAGAGUUUAAGUUGGCAUAGUUGCCACCAGCUCUACUACUAGUGAACAAUAGGUAUGGCCUGUGUGGCCAGUCCAUACCCUAUGAUUACAUACAAAUAAUCAAAAGGCAACAAAAUCUACCAAGCAUUUUACCCAAAUAAGGAGUUGAGAAAAGAAGAGUAUAAAAACCAAACCGUUUAUUAUGUACAUUCAAUAACAAUGACAGGAAAUAGAAGGCAAACAUGAAGAUGGCAAAAAAUGAAGAGAAAUACACAAGCCACUUGAAGAAAAUAAAAAAAAUAUCACUUGGAUCAAAUGAGCUUAGCAAUGCACAUGUGAAAACAAAAGUCACAUGCAAUUCCAACUCAUAUGAAAUCCCUGUCCAACAACUCCCACUAGGUUGACUUCAGCACAGUGCAGGGGUAAGUCAGACACACAACUGGGUCUAAGGUGAUCACAGCAGCCGUGAGCGGGCACAUGGGAGUCUCCACUGCUGGGUAACAAGUGGAAGGUUAUGGAGGGAUGGUCAGUUGCUGUGCCAUAGAGCAGUCUUGGGCUACAAUGCAAGGCAUUGGAAACACCAUUAGUUCUGUCUGUGCUGAACUGCUGUGUGCAUGGUGGGACAACAUCAUUGGUUACUUAACAUAUUUCAAAGGAAAAAACUGCAGGGGUUCAACAUUCCAAAUUAAAAUUGAACUAAGAGAUAUAAACUGGUAAUUCAAAUGAUACCAUGACCACAGAAGAACAUAGAGAACACAGGCAUAAACUUAAAACAGGCAGUAUUUUACAUUAUCCCCCCAACUAGAAACAAACUCAAGUGGACUAUGUUGAAACCCCUCUCGAUCCUGCCUUCAUAUUUCACAUAGCCUCCUUUCCAUAGACAUUGUUUUGAUUCAUGCAACAAAUGAAAUGACAUUUGACCCCGUCCUUCUCACAGAAACAUGCAUACUGAUACUUAAUACUUUUUAAGAGAAGUUCAAAAUUCUUAUUGUCAUGAUAUCAUGGCAUAAAUACUCAACAGAAUAACUACUGCGUCUGUAUGCAUCCCUCCAGGCCUGAUAACACAGCUAGUAACAUGGUAAUCAUCAUGUCAACAGGUGGUUUAUGGCUCAGCUCUCUACCUGGGUCCUCCACCCUACAACUGUCGCUGAACUACACACUCACUCCAAACUGGAAAAAAGGAGGCAUGUGGGAGCUCUUUAAAAUGGUGUGGAAUAGAACACUUUGUUUCAUCAUCACACCCACUCUAGUCUGACAUUUAUUCUCUAUCAAAUUGUCAAAUUCCCCUCUCAAGUCUACUGUGGACUCCUAAAUGUUAUAUUUAAGGCAGUGUAAAAUGUUGGGUUAUCAUCUGCCUGGGACCACUUCAUCAAAAGCCCUCGGCACAUUCAGCAGCCCUGUUUUAAAAGACCAACU